UCCUCAGGCUUUGGCGGUGUCCAAUGGGCAAACGGGGCUCAUAACCGAAGAGAAGGUAACCCGUAUAGAGUUGGGAACUCGAUAAAUAACCUAACAAUAUGCACUAUGAAAUGUCGGAAGGUAAACAAAAUUUACCCCAGGAGGGUACGGCAGGUCGCCGGGAAUCCCUCCCUACUCAGGUAGGCUGCCCCACGGAUUCUGGGGGGGGCAACAUUCCGAGAAAAGGUGCUCAAGCAGAGCGUAGAUCGUCAGCUUCAGUCAUUGACCUGAAAUGGGACGAGUCAAAGGCAAGUAGUAUGAAAAAAACGGGACAAACACUAUCACAAUCCCAAACCCCGCAAAGAAAGAGAAAACUGCUGGAUACCUCGAUCCACAAAGGAGAAGACCAGAUUUACAAAAAAAGGGAAAGCCCAGAAUACUUCACUCUCGUGGAAUCACUGGAGAGUAUAACAAAGCUAGCAAAUGACCUGGAAGGCUAUGUUGAACAAAACACCAAGAGGGAAAUAAAGGAGAUAGCAAGAAGGCUUAAGAGACAAGUCAAUGUUAUAAAUCAACCAUACGUCACACAGUGGCUCAACCAGUUUAAAUACGAGAGAAUAGAAAAAAUGACUAUAGACGUGGACACACAGACCAGCCCUAAAGCUGAAGAGUUGAAAAUGAAAAUCACACAGGCAGAGGAAUCAUCGUAUAAAGAAAGCCUGGUCGGCGAAGUCUCCGUUACGGAAACGGGCCAAAUAUGUCCAACAUGUAAAAGGAAAUACGUCGAGAGUAAGGACACCCAAACUCAAACCGACCAACAAAUAUAUUUCGAUGAAAACAGGUGUAAUUCACUAAAGGAUAUAGAUUCCUACGCGAAAUGGCUAAAGAUUGCGCCCAAAAAUUGGGCUGACGAGCUUUUCGAAAACACGGAAAUAGUUUCUGGAAAUCCUCUAUCGACCAAAGUUUCUACAGUCAAAGUAGUACUCGUUGAACCCACGGAUAAACAGAUGGAGAGGAGUAUACAGCUGCUAUACAAAAACAGGUAUCCGGAACUAGUAGAGACAGAAGAGUCCUUUGCUGUUCUGGAACACAGCUCAAGAUGGAAGCUCAAGCAAGACACGACAGCAUGCCAGAAAGUAAUAAAAAUCAUGCAAGGUGAGCAAGAGUC